GGCGAAUUUGGAACCAAAGAAUAGGGCGGGAGAGACACCGCUGCACGAGGCUAGUAAGGGGGGAGAAGAGGCGAUGGUCCAGCUUCUAUUAGAUCGAGGGGCGGACGUAGGUGCAAAAACUACCAAAGGGAAACAGGCGCGAGACUUAGCACUCUCCAAGAAGCACAUGGCACUAGUGCGGCUACUUGAUAAUGCCAAGAAAACAAAACCAGUGGAGGAAAAGUCAUCGAAAGUAGUAACUAAGGAAGAGAUUCAGGUACAAAAUUGAUGUAUUUGAGCGUGUAGUGAUACUGUAUCACUGAAACAUGUA